UUGACCUUUUACAAAACAAAUGGUUUAAGUUGGCUAAAAUCGUAACAAGCUUCUGAAAAAUGAUAACAAAAUUCUAAAUUUUUAAGAAAUCUAUUGAACACAAAUCCGAAAGCAACGCAACCGGAAAUUUAAGCAGAAGAAAGUUAAAUUAUCGAAUUUUAUAAAAAGUUGUGAUAAACAGUGUGAAAUUUGAAUUCCAACGGACAGCUGUGAAAGAAAGCAACCGUUACAUGCAAGUGAUUGUUGGUGCAGUACCUUUUCACAGUUUUAUUGGUUUGAGCAUUUGAAAAGCUUAAGCGCAAUAAAGAGAUUAAAACGAAAUCAUCAAGAGAAUGGAAACACAGCAGACUCAACAGACAGAAAAACUCAUAGAGGGCAUGCUGGAAUUUUUAGACUCAACUAGUGAGGAAGAAGACGAUAGCAACAAGAUGAAAUGCGAACAGAAUAGCCGUGAAGAAGAGAUCGCCGAGGAUUUUACCCUUUCAGAAGGUAUUGAAAAAAAUCCAAUAUUGGGACAAAAUAAGAAAGAAAGAAAACCGAAAAUUUCAAUUGCCAAAGAAUUGUCAAAAAUUAAAAAUGAAUUCCCAGUUUGGAAUACAAAGGAGCACGAAGUGCCCACAACAAAGAAGCUCACUGAUCCAAUUUGGCAUCAACCGUGUAUGUCGAGCGAUAAGUGCGAAACAAUUAGUGCGGAAAAUGAUUGGAAUUCGAAAUUAGAAUCGAACUGCCGACGCAGCAGCAAUACAUAUGUGCAAGAAGUGAAUCGCGCUAUAUACGGUGACACUACCGGUCAUCCAUCAAACGGCAGUGCAGAGUAUUUUCAAGCUGCACAAAAUUACGCUAUUUAUGGUAAGGAUUUUCUUGACUUUCCUGAAAAUCUUGCACCACUUCUAAGUGCAAAAGGUGCAACUACAUCACCGGAAACUGUGCCAUUUGUUGCCAGCUAUGGCAAUGGUUUAUAUCCUACGCCUCCAGCGCCCGAAUCUACUUCCGGCAUUGGAUUCAGUAACCUCAGUAAGCAAUCAUCGACAGCUUCAGCUGCGUAUUAUCAAAUGUGUAAUGGUAUUCAACAGGCUUCGGUUCGUCCUGCUGGCGGCAGCGCAGCAUAUGGCAUGUUUCUCGGCAAUAAGGUUACCUAUGUUGCGGCUGCUCCUGCUACACCACCACUUGUAUAUAAUCAACAUUCGUCGACUACAACAAAUUUUAUUUCAAAUAGUUUAGCCAAUGCUGCUCUGGCCUCUUCGCCAACUAUACUUUAUUCCAAUCCAAUGCUUACCACAACCACUCAACAAUAUUUGAACACAUUUUUUAAAGAAACUCAGUAUUUGAGUGGCGCUACAACACAGGGCACGACUAUGGGCACUACUACAGGCAUUUAUGAAAGGCUCGUGUAUGCACAGAUGUUGCAGCAACAAAUCUAUCAUCAAACACAACAACAAGCAGCUGCGGUGGCGGCAAUGUUCCACAAAAGUCGUUCAACCCGUGCCACUAACGGUGGCGGUGGAGCAGCUCCAAUUCCAUGUGCACAAAAUAUAUCCGGAGUGAAUAUAUGCGGCAGACAAGCAGCAAUGGCCGCCAACGCAAGUGACAUGCUGGUUAAAUCAUCGCCAGCCAUCACGCCCAUUGCUGCCAAUGGCAAUGAAGAUAAUGCGGUUCCCAUGACUGACUGAUAAGAUCCGCACAUUGCUUUUACUUUCUUGUUGUAUACUAGUAGUCUUCUCCUCUUUGAUGUUAACAUUUAAUUCCCUGAAUAAAAAUAAUUAAAUGUGAAAAAA